CAAGCAGCCAAACCUACACUGUAAAUCAUAUAGCAGGGCUCUCUAUAGUGUUUGGAGUCAAUCCCACAACUUUAGUCCCCUGGGAAAAACGUUUACUGGGGAUACAAGAUAUUUACGUGUAUAUAUAUACAUAAAUAGUGAUAAAGUGGUUAGAGUGAACUUCAGUACAGUACUCUGAACUUGGUACUGGGAGACAGACACUACUGGAACCCCUUGGAUGUCCUGAGGUUUCAGUGUUUAUAUCUUGGAUCUAGUUCCCUUGGGAGUGCCUGUUCGGAGUAUAGAAACAGUGAACCCAGGAACAAUAAGCUCUGAGUGAGGACCUAUAUACUGGACUGUGUGGUACAGAGAAUUCAAGAAGGAUUUAGGGUUGUUGUGAACCCUCAGGAAUAUUAGUCCAUCUAGGAGUUUUGGAUAUCGUAGUUUGAAGUAUAAACACCGAGGUGAUCCAGGUGAUCGAGGUCCGGGGAGGCCGAGAGAAGGUGAUGAAUGCAACACCAGACAAAUGGACAGCUCCGGGAUCCAUUUGUAGGUUGCGAAUCCACAUUAGCAGUUAUUGAAUGACCUCUUGUCAUUCUCUCGGGGGAGAAAGAGACUGGUGUAACAAGAGACUCAGCCUCAUCACCAAGACAAUAGGCGUGGCACAGAGAACCAUCAGCCCUACCCCAGGGGAUAUGUACUCUAUGGUAUCCCGGUAGACAGAGUUGAGUGUAAAAGUACACUGGAACUUUUCACGUUGACAAUAGCCACAGAACCAAUAACAAAUACCCCCAACCCACGGGACAUGUUACUUGUCCAAUCUCGAGACUCCUAUUGCAUUAAGCAGUAGUCAUUCCAGGACCACAGAGAAGCUGUCGCCUCUGUCGCGCCAGUGGUGACAAUGUUAAUUUAUUCGCCUCUCCGAGCUGUCGAAUUGUAUUGACUGUUGUUGGUGGCAGCGUGUGACGGUGUGAAUGAGGGUGGGGGGGAUCAAGGACUCCCUUCACAUGGGAGGGUAAACAUUUGCAGCAGGCGCUCUCAAUUCACUGUCCACAUGUAGUACAGCACUACACAGUUCUGAGUCAAUAAAGUAUAUACCAGAGACUGGAUAGCCAAACUGGAACCUAAGUCAACACGUCUGAAGGAAGACUGAAUCUAUAUACUAUACUGAACCUAUGUCAACAAACACCUGCAGGAGAGAGUCUUACUGUUGAAUGUCACUGGUACAACCGGCUUCCAUUGUCAACAAACCUCCUGUUUAAUUCAAAAGCAUGAAGAACCUAAUUAUAUAGUGGAGAAUUAUUUAACACGUUUGAUGUCUACAGGUCUCCGCUACCCAGUCGCUUACUCAUUGUGUGGAAAGUGCCAGCAACACACACAACACUGGAGAAAAUUAUCGGAGAAUUUUUCAUGGAAACUCCCGAGAGUGGCAACAGCCCGUAAUCUGAACAUGUUACUCAAGUGAACACAGAGCUCAUGAGAGAACGCAGGGGAAUUAAACCGAGGAAAUCCAAUAGCUCUCCAAGAUUCGGAAUCACUAGUAUGCACAGCAGGGCUACACUGCCACGACGUAAAGACACAGGUGUUUCUCUAUGACGUGUCAACCGCAAUGAUUUUUUUCUCUGCCUGCAGGUAAAUCUAUAUCAUACACCGAGGCAGCCAAGAAGGUUGUGAUAGAUAAGUUGCAGCAACUCUUGUGUUUUACUUAUCUUUAUCUUAUACACUCGAUCCACUCAAGAAAGUUUUAAGAUUUGCCAAGCAUGGAAUAGAUUAUCACCAAAACUUGGAAUCUGUGAGGUUAUGUUAUAUGGAAAACAUUAAAAGGAAACUCAGGAUUUUUAUUGUGUGAACGGGAACUAUAUUCUACAUCUGGUUGUGAUACCGAAAUCCUUCUCGGCAGCCAAUGUCAAAAUCAAAAAACCUUUCCAACACUAAAUGUCAAUUCCAUUUGCGGAGGAUGCACGGAAAUAAAAUAGUGACGGUAUGCAGGUCUGGUUUGUUUUCCGAAGCCAUGGAAACGACAUGUUCAACAUAUUUAAGGUUCAUCAUACCGGUGUGAAUGCCUCUAUAACACAACCAAAAUGAUAUUUUCUGUACGAAAAAAAGAAGUGACAUAAAUCUAUAUUUAUAUUUAUAUCUAUGUAAAUCUACCAAAGACAAAAAUGUAUUUUUCACGAGUACAUAAGCGUAAGACGUUGUUACUUACAAUGACGUUUUUUCUGUUGAGUUUUGUAUUGACUCUGAACUUAAUGGUCAACCAGUUGCAGGGCUCCGACAAUGUUGAGCAAAGAGAAUCUGUCCAUGGCGAGAUUCUGAUGGACUCAGAGUUGUUCAGGGGAAAUUACAUCAUUGCGAAAAGUCAGCGGCAACCCAAAGCGGCAAUUGAGAAAAUUCACAGUGAUUCAGACAGUGGACAAAGUGUGAUUGGUAAUGGCCGAUCUAGAGGUUUUCAAAUCAAUGGAAAUUAUCAAAAUGUGAUUUCACAGGAAGUUUUUACUGGAAAGUUUAAAGAUAAGAAAUAUAAUUUUCUGAGAUUAAAUGGCGUGGGUAAAGAAGUGAAAGUAGAAAAUGUUCGUAAUCACAAAAACAAAGGUCGUGAAACCAAUGGGAGGGAUGAAAGUGAGGAUUACAAUGAUUACGAAGAGGAUAUUGAGAAAGUUGUAAUCGAGGAAACUGAGGAGGAUGAGGAGGACGAAAAUGAGGAGGAGGAUGAAGAUGAAUUAAAUGAUAAAAAAGUAGAAACAAAUGUUCUAAAUGUGAACAAUAAUCUCUUGAAAUCCAAAGACAAAUUGAGUGGUUUCACCAAGCCUCCGUUACAAUAUAAGGAAGUUCCGGAUAAGAAACGCAUUGCAUUCAAUCACCAAGGUCAUCUGAAGGACAACGCAGAACCCGAGCUGACAAUUACUGACAUCGUACAUGAUGGGAUAUACUGGUCUCCUGCCGUGGAGAAUCUCGUACCAAAAGGUCACACAUUCCAAGAAACACUGGACUAUAUAUCGUCAGUACGCGAACAGAGAGUGGAAUACCUUGACCCUCCAGCCUGGGACAAAUGUGGACGCCCUAAAAACGGCUUUGUCACCCUGGAGGAUGGCAGACACAUGUGUGCCAGGUAUCGGGAGCCUCACAACAAAAUGGUGCUCGGUGAGGUGCUUUCAUUCUACCUGUCUCGGCUCCUGGGACUCGACAACGUGCCAGCAGUUGUCCUGUCCAUCACAAACCAGACUUCCCCUAGAUGGCAGACUACCAACUACAGCCGUGUGGACUGGAAAGAUGGCAAGGUCGUCGCCCUUAUCCAAUGGAUACCUAACAUGGACAGCUCUCGCUCUCUAGUCAAAAUACCUCAGUUUAUUCUGAACAAAUACGAGCAGAAAUCUGUGAUAAACCGAGCAUCAUUAAAGAAUUCCAACCUCACCACAUCUCAGCUGUCACAACUAUUCCAGUGGGGAGGCAUGAUUAUAUUUGACUACCUCACCGGCAACUACGACAGGGUUGCCAGCAUGCAGGAUGCAGCUUACAAGGAGAAAAAGCCAAGCAUCAUAUCUGAAAAUAUUAGAAAUCUCAGAAAAUCCAUAAAAACGUCCAAACUGUGGUUAAUAGACAAUGAAAGUGGACUUCUAGACGCGUAUGAUUUAAUGUACCAUAAUGGCAAUGGUUAUGGUGGAGAAAAAUUUAUCAAAUUCCACCGUGACAUGCUACAGACAUUUUGUAUAUUUCCAAGGACAAUCGUCGAGUCAUUAGUCAGACUCAGCAUGAUGCUUCAACCAGAGGAUGUGCUUCUAGAGUUCGCUAGGAAACAUGAACCUUUAAUCGACGUGUUUCAAAAAGAUUCCAUAUUCAGACUUUUCCAGACGAGAUUUAAAGAGAGAGUGUCAGAAGUGUCCAAUUGGGUUAAAACUUGUUAUUCUAAUGUUGGUAACGAGUUAAGUUGACAACAGGUCACACAUACAUAAAAAGUUCUAUACAACCAGAGGCAAUUGUAUCAAGUAUUGUUAGCUUUACACAUCAAAAUGAAAUAAUCAGUGCCCUCAACUUACAUCACGCUCAUAAUAUUCCUUUCUUAUUAAUGCUUUUAAAAUAAGCAUACCAAUCUUAACUCAAAAUUUUAGGUCUCUAAAUCUUCACUCAAAAUUUUAAUCAACUUUUCAAAAUUCUCAAAGUAUGCCUCAUCUUUAAAUGAUAUUUCAAUUCCAUUAGACAUGUAGUUUUGAGUUUCUGAUUUUAGAAAUUUUUGGUGAAACAAAUUAAAAUUUUAAAAUGUGUGUGAAGCUAUCAGUGUUGUGAACAAUUGAGAGCUGGUGGUGUUUUAUUGAAACUGUGAUAUUUUUAACUAUGAAUUAAUGAUGUUCUAAACUGCAUUGCAACGAAUAUACACUGUCAACAUGCUAAUUUAACUUAUGACAUUGAUUUUAUUGUGCAUAAACCAAAUACCUACAUGUAGGAGAUACAUUUCUUUAUCAAAAUUAGCUACAUUUAAAUUUACUGAGAAUUGGGUGUUUUACUCCAGAAGCUUGGUUUUAAUUAGGCUAAGUCUUUUAUUUGACCUAAUACUGUCCUAAAAUGUGACGAUACUCUAGAGAAAGUCCAGUUUGUCUACCUAAUGUUUCUGUAAUGAUAUAAAAAUCAUGGUAACUGUUUGAAAAAAAUUUGGCAUAAACUGACUGUUUCACCUGGUGUAUUAAAAGAUUUAUACCCUGAAAAAUAAAACAACCUUCAACUUGUUUAAAGGAAACAUCAGAUAUUUGAAAGAUAUCAUUCAAAACUGAUGUUUGUUUACUGUGUACAUCCAGCUAGAUAAGUUGUACCAACAAUAGGCUUUCAAUUAUAAUAUCUAUUAAUAUAAAACUAAUUCUCUCAUAGGAAAGAACAUUUCAUCACGGUCAUGAAGGAAUUUAAUCUGCUGCAUUAACUGGGGAAAACUGCUAUCACAAAAGAUGUGAAGCAUUAUUAACGCUUUAGGAUUAAGGGGAGACAAUUCAGUUUUCUGCACUGUAGCUUCCUCAGCUACAACUGUACUAGUCAAAUUAUACAAUUCUUAUAUGAACAGGUGCUUUUUGUACCUACAUUGAAUUCCAAUGUUAAAUUUUUAUGGUAUUUUUUGAAAAAAUGAUAACUUUGUGCUGUAGAACUCUUAACUCUAAAAACUCUAGUUUUAUUUUAAUUUGAUUUAUACAUUGUAUCAUGACAGCUCUAGUUGUCUUGUCCAAUUAAGAUAUAAGUUUUGUUAAGUGUCAAUACUCGCUCCACAUCUUUUAACUUGUUAAAAAUCAGAGCUUCUGUUCUGCCACUAUAUAAAACAAUUGUGUGGUAUUAAGUUGUUUUUUUGUUUUUAUUUUAUUGCAAUUUUUCGAGUCCUUAACCAUUAAUUUCUGUAAAGUGUUUUAUUUUCAUUAGCUCAGCUGACCUUAUCAAUCGUCACAACAAAAACAUUGUUUUGAUAUUGCAUAGAUCUUCAAAAGCUUUUAAAAACCUUUCACAUUUAACCAGAAACUUUUGAAAAGUAGUAAGACAACAACAUUUGCUGGUUUUGAAAGAAAAUUUAGAUCUAUAAAUGAAGCAUUUAAUUUGUGUUCUUUAGAAAUAUUAUUUGGAAAUAUAUUUGAUACUUACAACUAUGCAUAAGAAAUCCAGGAUAGUGAAUAACAACAAAUUAUGAAUUCAAAUUGUGAUUGCUUUUGAAGAUAGAAAGAAAGAAAUCCAAAUUUGAUAUAUUUGAUAUUUAGGUUUAUUGCAAAAAUUGAUAAUAAAGAAAUCCACUUCAGAAUCAAGCAUUUAAUAUAAUGUUAACUUUGUGUUUGAGAUUUUUUUUUUCGUGAAUUUCCAGCAGAAUUAAUAAAUAGUAUCAUUUGAAUGAUGAAUUUGGGAUAUAUUUUUUUUUUUUUUUUUUUUUGCGUGAAUUUCCAGCAGAAUUAAUAAAUAGUAUCAUUUGUAUGAUGAAUUUGGGAUAUAUUUUUUUUAUUAUUUUUUUUUUUUCGUGAAUUUCCAGCAGAAUCAAUAAAUAGUAUCAUUUGUAUGAUGAAUUUGGGAUCUCCACCAAACAACUGCAAUAUACAGAUAUAUAAUAAUUAUUGUAUUUUAAAAAUGAACCAGCUAAUAUCUCUAUUACUAUACACUUAAAUAUCAUUUGUCAUUUUUUCAUUUGAGCUUUUUGGACUGAAAGUACUGAAAUCGGUCAAUGCGUUUCAACAUUUUAUUUUAAAAAGAAAUCCAGGUAUGUGUGUGACUUUGAAUACUUACAGCAACAUUUAAUAAAAAAAAAUAACUAUAAUACAUUUCCUUCCAAAUAUGUUUAAAAAUCUGUCUAUUUAACCUAAUAUCAGAAUGUUAAACAAUACUUCAUGUUCUUACCUAAACUAAUUCAAAUUCAUUACCUGUACUUGUACUUAAGAUUAUUCAGAAACUCAGAAAUGAUCUAACAAAGUUUUUAACAAGAAAGUCAUUAUGACACAGAUCUAUACAAAUAUAAAAACAAACAUUGUAUGUUUAAUUUUUUGUUGAAAGUUGUAACAGUUUAACAGAGUAAUGUCUUCUUAUAAAUUAUUUGUAUAUGUUGAAUGAAAUUGUUGCGAUAUAAAAAUAUAAGUAAAGAAUAAAAUUCUUUAAUGAACA